AUGACCCGAUUAAUAUUUAGUCUAUUACUCUUCACUUUGACGUACCAGGCCACGCAUACAUUUGCAGCUAUUCGAUGGUGCGUCAUCUCCGACCUAGAAAUGCAAAAAUGUCAAGAUAUGAAGGCUUCAUUCCGCCAUAAUCAGGUUGGCACAAUUGAUUGCGUUCGUGGUACCUCUACUUCCGAUUGCAUGAGUAAAAUCCACAGUCAGUUGGCAGAUAUCGUUACUCUAGAUGGCGGCGAUGUCUACAUUGCUGGAUCUCAGUACAAUAUGGUACCAAUUGUUGCAGAAAAUUAUGGACUUGACUUUGGUGCUAGCUACUAUGCCGUAGCAUUGGUUCGAAACGAUUCACAAUUGUCUUUAAAAGAUUUGAAAGGUACUAAAUCUUGCCAUACUGGUAUUGGUAAGACAGCUGGUUGGAAUAUCCCAGUUAGCUACCUGAUUGAACAACAAUUUAUGCGGCCCCAAAAUUGUAAUAUUCCACUGAGUGUUGGCAACUACUUUUCAAAAAGUUGUGCGCCAGGAGCUCUAUCAUCGAAGUAUAAUCCCUACGGAAAUAACCCCUCUAAUUUAUGUGCCCUCUGCGUAGGUGACGCCAGCGGUAACAAUAAGUGUGCAAGGGAUAGCUCGGAACGCUACUAUGGCUACGCUGGAGCUUUUCGAUGUCUUCAGGAAGCUGCCGGCGAUGUUGCUUUUGUUAAGCAAAGCACAGUUUUCGAUUAUGACAAGCAAAAUAGCAGCUAUUAUCGCCUGUUAUGUAAAGAUGGCACAAAAGCAAUGCCUGCAGAUUACAAAAAAUGUAAUCUGGCAAAGGUUCCCGCCCAUGCGGUGAUGGUUUCUGCCAAAACGAAUAAGACUAUGCGCCAGCAGUUAAUUAACAUGUUGAUGUCAGCGCAAAACAUAUUUAAUCAAAAUGCAACAUUUCAGCUUUUCAAUUCUUCAAAGUAUCAAGUUAGUGGCCGCACCGGUGCUGAUUUAAUAUUUAAAGAUAAUACGAAACGACUGGAUGGUUUAGGCACCAACUCAACGUAUGUUACUUAUCUAGGUGCUGAAUAUGUUGCAGCUCUUGCAACGAUACAUAGCUGUCCAAAGCCUUUACGAAUUUGUGCUGUCUCUAGUGCUGAAAACAAGAAAUGUUUAGCUAUGAAAGCAGCUGUGAAGAAACAUCCAGUUUUAUUCCCUUUUAUAGAAUGUGUUGAAGGACAAUCGUCUCUUGAUUGCAUGCAAAAAAUAAACCGAAAUUUAGCUGACGUUAUCGACUUGGAUACAAGCGAUAUUUUUGUUGGUGGUGAAAUGUAUAAUUUGAAACCUAUUAUGGCCGAAAAUUACGGUCAAGGUAGCGGUGUCACUUACUAUGCUGUUGCAGUGGCCAGAAAGCAAUCAUCAACAAUUUCAUUGAAGAAUAUGAGGGGUGCUAAAUCGUGUCAUACAGGUAUUAACAAGACUGCAGGAUGGAAUAUUCCAGUUGGUUUGUUGUUAAGUAAAAAUAUCAUGCCUCGAAAAAGAAGUUGCGACGUUGCCUACAAUGUAGGAUCAUUUUUUGAAGCUAGUUGUGCACCUGGUGCCCUAUCUGCAGAAUAUAAUCCUAUUGGCGAUAAUCCAUCAAAUUUAUGCAGUUUAUGUGUUGGCGAUUCCAACGGCAAAAAUAAAUGUGCAAGAAAUUCAAAUGAGCGCUAUUACAACUAUGCUGGUGCAUUUCGAUGUUUGGCUGAGAAGGCUGGUGAUGUUGCCUUUAUCAAACAUUUAACUGUUAAUGAAAAUACCAAUGGAAAAAAUACUGCUUCUUGGGCUUCCAAUCUUAAAUCAGAUGACUUUGAAUUAUUAUGUGAAGAUGGUUCACGUAAACCCGUAACGCAGUAUACUCAGUGCAAUCUUGCUCGUGUACCUUCACAUGCUAUUGUUACUUCAUCUUUGAGAUCGUCUACUAACCAGAUAGCAUAUAAAAAUUUAUUGCAGAGAAUGCAAGGAAUUUUUGGUACCGUUGGCACCGAUAAAAGCUUCAAGAUGUUCAGCUCAAAGGAUUAUACCUCAACGUCUGGAAAUGCCGGAAAAGAUUUGCUAUUUAAAGAUUCUACAAUUCAGCUAGAACCUUUAGAUUCUGCUGCAACGUAUAAAAGCUACCUUGGAAACAAUUUCUUGGGUGCUUUGAACGCCACGAAUUACUGCAAAUCAUCAGCGUUAAUGACUGCGAAAAUAAGUUUUGGUAUUCCAGCAUUGUUGGUUGUUCUCAAUUUCCUUAUUUCAAGUUUAAUGGUUCGCAAUUAA